AUGGAUAUCCAGCAGAGAUUCACCAUGUUACAACCGAAGAUGGAUAUAUUCUGCAGUUGCAUCGAAUUCCGUUCAGUCGACAAGGCAAGCGAUCACAUUUUCNUCACGAACUAUUCAGAAAAGCCAUACAAACAAAAAGCAAGACAGGAAAGCUCUUCAGAAAAUCGCCGGAAACCAGAUGACAAGAGACCGGUUGUUUUUCUGCAGCACGGCUUCAUCGGCUCGAGUGCAGUUUGGGUAACGAACUUGCUGAAUCAGUCGGCAGGUUUUCUGUUUGCUGAUGCCGGUUUCGAUGUUUGGAUGGGUAAUGCUAGAGGCAAUACGUAUUCAACGGGACACACCGAUUACAAUCGAGGACAAAGAGAGUAUUGGGCGUUCACAUGGGAGGAUAUCUCUGAAAUUGAUCUACCAACAAUGAUAAAUUAUGCUCUGAAUGUCACAAAUCAGGAGCACUUGUAUUACGUUGGUUAUUCCGAAGGCACACUCACGAUGUUCGCACGACUUGCUUCGGAUCAAACAUUCGCUUCUAAAAUUCGUAAGUUUUUCGCUUUGGGACCUAUUGGUACACUGGCUCAUAUCAAAGGACUUAUUGAGUCAGCUGCGAAGAAAUUCAUGAAGGCACUAAUGGUGUUGGCCAAAUUCAACGGUGAAUUCAUGCCAAACAAUUCGCUCUUUCGCAAAAUGAGUAAAGCAACUUGUUCACUUACACAAGUCGUCGAAUACUGCGAGAAUAUAAUGUUCCAAAUGACUGGUCCUGACACGAGCCAGAUGAAUCAGACCCGAAUUCCAGUCUAUAUGACACAUUUGCCAGCUGGAACGUCGCUAGCGAAUCUCGUUCAUUGGGCACAAAUGGUGAACGCUAAACGAGUUCAGAAAUACGAUUUGGGAUCGGAAGAGAAAAACAUGAAGCGAUAUGGCUCUAACACAACGUUUGAAUCGCAGUCACGUUCGGAUCGAUUCCAUUGGAUUCAGAUGCCUAUCGGUGAAUAUUUCAAAAAUGUUCUGUUACAGCCUACACCGCCCGCUUACAAUCUAUCACUCGUAAACGCUCCGGUUUAUUUGUACUGGAGUGAUGCAGACUGGCUGGCAGAUAAACGUGAUAUACAGGAUGGUUUACUGGCAGUGAUUCCCAAGGAAUACAUCAUUGAAAAUAACGAAUUGGCCGACUUCAACCAUUUUGAUUUCAUUUGGGGAAUUCAUGCAGCACCACAAAUAUACAAACCAAUUAUAAACAUUAUGAAAAAUGACCAAGAUACUAUUGAAUUGUUAUAA